AUGGCGGCGUCCUUUGUGACGCGCUAUGGGGACGCGGCUGAGCCAGUGCCAGCUUCGGAGGACGGCCGAGGUGCUGGCCUUCAGCUGCUGGAGGGAUUCCGUUGCUGGCUUUGCUGCGUCGCCUCCUUGUGCUUUCUCCUCCGAAGCCACCAGCAACACCGCAAGACCCACGCAAGCAAGCAAGAAAAGAGCGAAGCACCCGAGAACCGCCUCCGCAUCCUAUACCUGUCGAUGCGGAUGUGCCAUUCCAGCAUGAAGACUUCCGACCGCUGGCGCUUCCAGGCUUGUAUCGCUCCACGCGGCACUUUUCAGAAGCUGUGCUUACCAGCUUGCUUCCGAAUGCUGCCACGUUGGACUGGCCUCUUUCAAAGGCCCCUGGCGUUGCGUGGGCCGGCGCAUGGCCAAGCGUCGUGCGCCGUUCUUGCAACUUCGCCGGAGCUUGAGGCCGUGGCCCAGAUGAGACAUCGAAUUGCGCGAGCCAACUCCAGACAGCCGUUCGGAAGUGUGGCUUCGCGCGCAAUCGGGGAGCCAAAACUUCGGGUUCGCACCUUUGAGUCUGUUCGUCCACCCCUCUACUUCGUCCACCCCGCCAUUUGA